AUGUCUACAAGAUCAGUGAAGCUGUGAACCACCUUCACACUUCCCCAAUAUUCACAGAUUCAUCCAACUUGUGUCCACCAAGAGGACGCUGACUUCAUCAGAGCACAGAUGGAGAAAGUAAAGAAGGAAAUCCUGAGCAUUUUAAAGGAGCUCAAGGAGGAGGACUACAAAGAGUUCAAGUGGCACCUGGAGAACCAUCCAAGCCCAGAAGACCCCCGAUCAAUCCCACCCUGUGACCUGCAGAACGCAGACAGGAUGGACACGGUGGACCUGAUCGUACGAUGCUACGACACAGACUCGGUUCAAGUGACCAUGAAGGUUUUGGAAGAGAUGAAAAUGAACGAUUUGGCCAAAAAAUUAUCCAAAAUAAACUUUAACCCAACGGAGAAUUUCAGCAACUGUCAACGUGAACUCAAAUCCAACCUGAAGGAGAAGUUCCAGUCUGUGUUUGAGGGCAUCGCUAAAGAAGGAAACACAACCCUUCUGAAUGAGAUCUACACAGAGCUCUACAUCACAAAGGGAGGGACUGCAGAGGUAAAUAAAGAACAUGAGGUCAGUCAGAUUGAAGCAGCAUCCAGGAGACCAGACAGACCAGAAACAACCAUCAGACUAGAAGACCUCUUCAAAGCCUCAACUGGAGAAGAGGAACCAAUCAGAACAGUGUUGACUAAGGGAGUGGCUGGCAUUGGGAAAACAGUCUUAACACAGAAGUUCACUCUGGACUGGGCUGAAGACAAACACCACCAGGACAUACAGUUCACAUUUCCAUUCACCUUCAGAGAGCUGAAUGUGAAGAGAGAGAAGAAGUUCAGCUUGGUGGGACUUGUUCAUCACUUCUUUAGUGAAACCAGAGCAGCAAGAAUCUGCAGGUUUGAAGAGUUCCAGGUUGUGUUCAUCUUUGACGGUCUGGAUGAGUGUCGACUUCCUCUGGACUUCCACAACAAUGAGAUCUUGACUGAUGUCACAGAGACCUCCUCAGUGGAUGUGCUCCUCACAAACCUCAUCAGGGGGAACCUGCUUCCCUCUGCUCGCCUCUGGAUAACCACACGACCUGCAGCAGCCAAUCAGAUCCCUCCUGAGUGUGUUGGCAUGGUGACAGAGGUCAGAGGGUUCACUGACCCCCAGAAGGAGGAGUACUUCAGGAAGAGGAUCAGAGAUGAGGAGCAGGCCAGCAGGAUCAUCUCUCACAUCAAGACCUCACGAAGCCUCCACAUCAUGUGCCACAUCCCAGUCUUUUGCUGGAUCACUGCUGGAGUUCUGGAGGAGGUGUUGAAGACCAGGGAGGGGGGAGAGCUGCCCAAGACCCUGACUGAGAUGUACAUCCACUUCCUGGUUGUUCAGUCCAUGGUAAAAAAGGACAAGUAUCAUGGAGGAGCUGAGACGGAUCCACACUGGAGUCCAGAGAGCAGGAAGAUGAUCGAGUCUCUGGGAAAACUGGCCUUUGAUCAGCUGCAGAAAGGAAACCUGAUCUUCUAUGAAUCCGACCUGACCGAGUGUGGCAUCGAUAUCAGAGCAGCCUCAGUGUGCUCAGGAGUGUUCACUCAGAUCUUCAGAGAGGAGAGAGGACUGUACAAGAGCACGGUGUUCUGCUUCGUCCAUCUGAGUGUUCAAGAGUUUCUGGCUGCUCUUCAUGUUCAUCUGACCUUCAUCAGCUCUGGUGUCAAUCUGAUGUCAACCUCCCUGUUGACACGUUUCCGACGUGUCUUUAGAGCAAAACCUAAACCCAAACAUCUCUACCAAAGUGCUGUGAACAAGGCCUUAAAGAGUCCUAAUGGACACCUGGACUUGUUCCUCCGCUUCCUCCUGGGUCUUUCACUGGAGACCAAUCAGAAUCUCUUAGAAGGUCUGCCCACACAGACAGGAAGUCGCUCACAGACCAAUCAGGAGACUGUCCAGUACAUCAAGAAGAAGAUUAGCAAGAAUUUGUCUCCAGAGAAAAGCAUCAAUCUGUUCCACUGUCUGAAUGAACUGAAUGAUGAUUCUCUAGUGGAGGAGAUCCAGGAGUCCCUUAGAUCAGGACGUCUCUCCACAGAAAAACUGUCCCCUGCUCAGUGGUCAGCUCUGGUCUUCAUCUUACUGUCAUCACAAGAAGGUCUGGAGGUGUUUGACCUGAAGAAAUACUCUGCUUCAGAGGAGGCUCUUCUGAGGCUGCUGCCAGUGGUCAAAGCCUCCAACAAAGCUCUACUGAGUGGCUGUCACCUCUCAAAGAGAAGCUGUGAAGCUCUGUCCUCAAUCCUCAGCUCCCAGUCCUCAAGUCUGAGAGAACUGGAUCUGAGUAACAACGACCUGAAGGAUUCAGGAGUGAAGCUGCUGUGUGAUGGACUGAAGAGUCCACACUGUGACCUGGAGACUCUCAGGCUGUCAGGCUGUAUGAUCACAGAGGAAGGAUGUGCUUCUCUGGCCUCAGCUCUGAGCUCCAACCCCUCCCAUCUGAGAGAGCUAGACCUGAGCUACAACCAUCCAGGAGACUCAGGAGUGAAGCUGCUGUCAGUUGGACUAGAGGAUCCACACUGGAGACUGGAGACUCUCAGGGUGGAGCCUGCUGGAGUCCGAUGGAUGACACCAGGUCUGAGGAAGUAUUCCUGUGAACUCACAAUCGACACAAACACAGUAAACAGAAGCCUCAAACUGUCUGACAACAACAGGGAGGUGACACGUGUGUGGGAGGAGUAUCAGUUUUAUCCUGGUUAUCAAGCCAGAUUUGACUUCUGUUCUCGGCUGCUGUGUAGAACUGGUCUGACUGGUCGCUGUUACUGGGAGGUCGAGUGGAGUGGAGAAGUUCAUGUAUCAGUGAGUUACAGAGGAAUCAAGAGGGAAGGAAACAGUGAAGGCUGUGAGUUUGAAUUGAAUGAUCAGUCCUGGAGUCUGUGGUGCUCUGAUUUAGGUUACUCUGUUCUUCAAAAUAAGACAGAAACACCCAUCUCCUCCUCCUCCUCCUCCUCUGGUAGAGUAGCAGUGUAUGUGGACUGUCCUGCUGGCUCUCUGUCCUUCUACAGAGUCUCCUCUGACUCACUGAUCCACCUCCACACCUUCAGCACCACAUUGACUGAACCUCUUUAUCCUGGGUUCAGGUUCUUGUCCUUUGGUGCCUCAGUGUCUCUGUGUCCUCUUUAGGACGGAGAGUCUCCUCCUGUUGGAGAACAUUCCUCUCUGCUCACCACAUACAGUGUGUACAGCUGAUGGUGGUUCGUGUGGAUGUAGGUGCAGGUGGAGCAGGUGAGGGGUACCUGAGCUGGUCUGGACUCUGGGGGGUCCACAGCUCUCUGGGACUCAGAUGGAAGUGUGAAAGAGCUCAGCUUAAUGCUGCUGUGCUCCUUGAAUCAAUAGAUGAUCAUUUAGAUGUUGGCUCCUAAUUAGGGUUCUAUCUUAAUCUUUAUAUGUUCAAGAGGACAUUUUAUAUAAAGGACAUCUGCCCCCCCCCAUAUAAGAUAGAUGUGUCCUAAUGUGUGUGUGCUUCAUUUUAUUUCAUGAUAAUAAAAACCAGGUAAAAAGGAAAAUAUGAAUGUAACAUUCUUUUUAAGCCAAUUAUAGCUUCAAAUCUUUCAGAAUCUGUUCAGUGAAAUAAAAUCUAAAUUCACUCCUUGCAACAAAAAAGGAAAAUUCAAUUCAAUUUCAAUUCAUUUUAUUUUGUAUAGCCCAAAAUCGCAAAUUACAAAUUUGCCUCAGAGGGCUUUACAGUCUGUACACAUGCAACAUCCCCUAUCCCCAAACCCUCACAUCGGCACAGGAAAAACUCCCCAAAAUAUGAAAAAACCCUUCAAUGGGGAAAAAAGGGAAGAAACCUUAGGGAGAACGUCAGAGGAGGAUCCCUCUCCCGGGAUGGACAGACUGCAAUGGAUGUCAUGUGUACAGAAUCAACAAUGUAAAAGAUGUACAAUACACUCAACUCUUCUAACUGAAAUGAUACAAGUAAUUGCAAGUAGCAGAACAGGUGAACGGCAGG